AUGGCCGACUUGGCCCAUCAAAUCGGUGAGCGGUCGGCGCAGCGUCGGCGGCUCGUCCACUCCUUCCCCGCCACUCCCCCGCCGAUUUCCCUCGAGGGCAGGGCGGCGAGGGCGCGCCGGCUGCGCUCGGGCGGCCGCCGCACUUGGAGUAUGGAGGAGGCGUGGAGUCGGCUGUCCCGACGCCUGACCGCUCCCUGCGCAAUUCCGGUCGACUUCUCCGCCGCCGCCUGCCUGCAGCGCUCCUUCCUGCGGACGCCGCGGCCCGCGAAACGCGUGCGCCGAGAGUAUUAUGUGAAGAAUGUCAUGUACAACUCGUAA